GUCGCGUCGCUCUCGAUUCUGGCCCGGCGCCCAACACGCGGUGACAUCAAGCACGGCGGCGCACGGUGAGCCCCGGUGCGAAGGCUGCGGGAGCGACGCCGGUUCCCACGCUGAAGCAAGCACGUGACGGCAUCUCUGGGGGCUGAUUUCGAGGUCACAGCCAUGCACGCCCCACCAAGGACAGUGGCGCUUGCAGCUAUGUUGGCACUACUGUGCGUCUCCGUGGCAAUCUACCCCGUCGCAGAGGCAGCCCGCACCAAGAAAGAAGUGAACGUCAUUGACCUAUUGUUCAAGUUUGGAAACUUCAAAGAGUUGCGCACGGUUAUGGGAAAUGCCGCCGUGGGCGUGGUGUCGCCGAAGGCGUGCUCGGUGUGCAGCGCGGCGACGGGCUUGUUCUUCGACUACCUCGAGAGCGGUCGUUCCAAGGACGGGCUCGUCAAGAUCGCCCGGGGUGCUUGCGCCUUCCUUAAGAUCGCCACAUUGGGCGCCUGCUCCAACGUCAUCGAUAUGUACAAGGACGAGUUGUUCUACAUCGCCAAUAACCGCAAGGCUCCUAGGACCGAGACAUGCAGCGUAAUCUUCGGUUCCCUUUGUGGCCCACUGACCAGUGAAGUCCACAACUGGACCGUCCACAUUAGCGGUCCGUCCAAGCCGCGGGCCCACAUGGACACCGAAUACGAAGCGGUGGAUGACGAUGAAGAUGAAAACGCGGAGAGACAAGUGAAAGUGUUGCACAUCUCGGACACACACUACGAUCCAGAGUACUCGCCGGGGAGCAACGCAGUGUGCGAGGAUCCCGUGUGCUGCCGAAGGAACAACGGCGCUCCGAAGUCAGCUGGUGACCGGGCGGGCAAAUGGGGCCACAUCGGAAAGUGCGACAUACCGCUGCGGACGCUGGAGAGCGCUCUCAAGCACGCCGCCGAAAAUCACAAGGUUGACGUUGUCCUGUGGACCGGAGAUUUGCCGCCUCACGAUCCAUGGAAAGCCACACGCGAGGACAUGCUUGACAACCUGCGAGUAACAUCGGCGCUUAUGCGAAAGUAUUUUCCUAACGCAACUGUCCUUCCAGCUAUAGGGAACCACGAAGCUGUGCCGAUCAACAGCUUUCCAGUCAACAAUGUCGCAAACUUCUCCACACAGUGGCUAUACGACACGUUUUCCGAACACUGGAUGGAUUUCCUCCCGCAGAGUACGAAGAACAGCAUAAGGCAGGGCGCCUUCUACUCCGUCGAAGUGUCCAAGGGCUUCCGUGUCAUCUCGCUCAACACCAACCUGUGCUACGUUUUUAACUGGUGGCUCGUGUACAAUUCCACGGACCCGAAUGGCCAGCUGCAGUGGUUAUCCAGAGAGCUCCAGCGUGCCGAAGCUUCUGGAGAGAAGGUUUACAUCAUAGGACAUGUGGCGCCUGUAAAGGUUGAGUGCAUUCCUGUCUGGGCAGACAACUUUCGACGCAUCGUGAACCGGUACAAGUCAACCAUCGUGGCUCAAUUCUACGGUCAUACGCACAUGGAUCAGUUCUACCUUUUCUACGAAGACAAAGACGCCAAAGGAGCGAUGCAGCCAACAAAUGUCGCGUACGUGGCGCCAAGUGUGACCACCUUUGUCUUCAGCAACCCCGCUUACCGAGUCUAUGCCGUGGAUGGUGGGCGACACCGCAGAAACGCGCCUUGGACAAUUGUGGACCACGAGACGUUCGUUAUGGACCUGGACGAGUCAAACAAGAUGGACCAGCCCAAAUGGCAAGUCGCGUACACCGCGAAGCAACACUACGGUCUUCGCUCAUUGUCCGCACAGAACUGGCACAGUCUGGUGGAACAGUUCCGAACAAAUGAAACAUUGUUUCAGGAAUACCAUAGGUUCAUGCACAAGCUGAUGGAGCCGCACUCAUGCGAUAAGGAAUGCAAGGCGCGAGAGAUAUGCUACAUACAAGCCGCCACGACGACUGGCGUCAGAGAAUGCAUGAUAAGCAUGGGGUUUAGCCCCGCUUGACCCCAUCGGUGACAUUAUCCGCUGGUGGAUACUUGCAAGAAACGGUGUUACGGCCAGAAAACCACAACGCACGGACGAAACCAUCUAGUACCCACCUCCCAUCAUGAGACGCGUACAUCAUCACACUCAAGAGUUCACAAUAUAUAUACAAGUAGUGCGAUGUGUCGCAUUGGCUUACAUUACCAUAUUUGUGUACUUUUUUGUUUAGAUUUGCGGAAGUCUUUUCAAAACAGCAUAUUUGCCUAUACAAGUAAUCUCGUGUGGCAUCUUGUACUUUCUGCUGUGACGCCACUGUUUGUUACAGUAAUUAUAGGUCCGUAUAAGAGGAGUAGCUGUAUAAUUAUUUAUUCGCUGAACUGACAGUGUUCGAUGCGACUGGAAUGAACUCAAGUAUUUUCAACCAGCUAACCUGUACAAACGUUCUGUCUUUUGUUCUCCAAAUCAUCCAUGUGAAUAAAACACCACAUCGCAACGCUUCCGGGCGACAAAUCCAGAUGACACAAUGUGUAUUGACAAUUUCUUUUACGACUAUAACUUAAUUGUUGCAUGUUGCUUGCUUCAGUCUAUGCCUGUAUACUUGACGAAUAAGGAAAUAUUUAUUGAGUGUUAAGAAUAUAGAAGCACUAUAUUAGUGCAGAAGACAGCGAGCCCUGCGGUAAUGUGAUGUCAACAAGCAAAUCGCAGUCAUCAUACCUGCUGGCAAUUUGUUCUGUUGCCGUGAACAUUUAUGUCGAAAGACCUGCGUAUGGAAGAAAAUACACCGAGCAGGCUCCAAGAGUUUCACCGCAGUCUAGACAGCUACAACAUGGACUUCCCUAAGGCUGCUCGGAAAAGUGGAACCAGUGCAGCAGUGGUUAUGCAUACAUCACUUCUAAGCCUCGUCACAGGUGAUGCCAUUCUAACUUCCAAGGACGUGAUGUGCCUGUGUUGAGAUGUGGCUAUCUGUAAAGCUAGCUGACCCUGCUGUGCUAGAUUUGCACUUUGGUCGCAAUGAUUAGCAGUUUACAAAUGGCUGCGUCGACAAUAAAAAUGCUAGUGCUCUCAAAUGCAAAAUCUCUGCUAUGGACACUUGUCGCGAGACGAAAGUGACUUACAGAGUGCAACACCUGCGAGCUGUAUGCGUUGCUAAUCACCCCAAUAUAUAAAGUUAGCUUGAAGUUUGUUAAGCGGUAUAAUAAAACAACAUGUUGCAAGAGUCCAAGCUUGUCGGGAAGCUAGUAAAAUGAAGCGCACAAAAAACAGUAACACUGUGCAUAGGCAUGUGACACAAAGUGCAUCAGAAGGGAAGGAUUUACACAGUUAGGAGACAGUGUUAGAAUAGCGUUUGUUCCCGUGCGUACGUCAAACGCAAGCACCUUUGCGGGACAUUA